AUGGCUCGUAAGCGUAAGGGGCAGGCCCUUAACGACUGCCCCAAGGAUCUUGACGACAUUCCUUACAUCCGCUGGAUGAACCAGCAGAUCGCCAACGGGCGCCAUCCGAAGGGACUAUCCGCGCCGCCCGUGCUUGACGGCCAUGGAUCCAGUGCACAGUCGCCCAGUGCGGCCCCGUCACGUGUGCGUCGUCAGCCUGCAAGGACGGCUGCAACACACCGGCUUGUCGUGGAGCAAGAUGCGUACGAUGACGAUGAUGACGACCCCGAACAAGGCCUCGACACCGACGACGACGAGGAGGAACCGGAAGACGCUGGGAUGUUGCCCAGCGACGGCGACGAUGAAGAUGAGGACGCCGAGGACGACGCGGAGGAGGAAGCGCAACCUGUGUCUUGGCGUAACUUGACGCUCCUCUGGCGGGAGUACAAGCGUGGCGACGGGGGGUCAGGCCACGGCUCGGUUGAGAAACCACCGUGGUAUCCGUACCUGGAGCUGCACAACCAGGACACCGCCGCAGCCGCACCGCAUGCGGUGGACGGCGGCGGCGCCACGGACGUCAACGUGCCGGCCGGCAUGGAGGUUCCAAGUUCGUCUCAGCCAGGCACGUCAACACCAACCUUUACGGCUCCGCCGCCGCCGACCACCGCAACACCUAGGCGCGCACGGGUGCAUGAGACGGCUACCAUGCAAGCAGCCAAGCUGGUCUCCGCAACCAUCAAGGAUUGUCACGGUGACGCGAUGACGCGUAUUGAGAGCCUCGUCCGUGAAUGGAUGGCGCAGGACAUGCGACUUGCCCGCGAGCGCAUGACUGAAUCGGCGCCCCCGGACGUGCACCGUGCGCCGCCGGAUUUCAGCCCUCCUCCGCCACGCGGGGAGUCCGCACCACCUCCCGAAGCCGCACAGCAUGGCGACGAUGUUGGCGACGUCAACACCGUCACUCCGGGUGCUGAGGAUGUGGAGAUAUGGGUGCGCGGCGCCGACGAUUAG